UCAGUCGGAGACAUUCAGUUUCAGUCAGUGUCAGUGUGUGUGUAGAAGUGUGAGGAACAGUGGAUCAUUAGGGAUGUGAUUUCAGUGUGAAAGUCCUCAUGUGAUAGUGCCAGUGAUUUGUUCCUCGGCCUUGUCAAUAUAACGGUUUGCGACCAAACUGUUACACAACCUACUUAAAUGCAACCCAGUGUUAUCACAAAUGUUCCUCAGCAAAUGUAAAUAAACCCAAGAUGUUAAAUCCAAAGAUUACGUUAGCAAUAGUGCUCCUAGUGGCCACGGCCACCGUCGAAAGCAGGGUACCUCACAAACCACUCAGCGAGGCAGAUAUAAUAAGAAACUCAGCGAUAACAUACAUCGACGAAUUGUGGUCAAACAUAACAGACAAUUACGAGUGGAUCUACAAUGCGCAAAAAUCGCACGGAACGGACUCUGCGAUGCUACAGGCGUACAAAGUGAUCUGCGAUAGGAUAGACCGUUUCGUCCCUGCUUCGAUUCCCGAUGUUUGCGACGAUAUUUGGAACUACGCUAGAAUCAAGGUGGAGCUUGUCGGAGUGGACGGACUUUACGGCAACUUCAGGAAGUACCAGUUGGAGCCGGCGCAUAAACACAAGAUGUUCCAACGAGCGUGGGAGGACCUCGCGGAGUCCGUACUACACGAGUCUGAUACUCUACAUUCCGUACCUAGCUCUCUGGAGGCUAUACACUACCUGGUGACUGGCAGUGAGCGAACCACUGAACCUUCCCUCUACACUCUCAUGGGGGAGGAAGGGGAAAACUCGCUAUGUCACGUUCAACAAUCACCACACCAGAUCAUCUACAACCUGUACAACUCUCUGCAAAUGACACAACUCAAAGGCUACACCAUGAUGCAGUUCUCCUGGAUGCUUCUGCGGCUUUAUAAGAAAGGAAAUUUCACAACGGAAUCACGACUCAUGAGGGAGCGUUAUCUGGAGAGGAUGGCUGAGCAAGCGAUUUCUCUCAAAGAGGCACUGAAAGAAGCGGACUCUGCGUAUUGGAAAUGCGACCCAAAACACCAAGUGGAGGGGGAAACUUACAUCCAGCUGACUAGGCUUCUACAGGGUUAUAUACAGAACGAAGUGGAUAUGAAUCCAAAGCAGACGUGUUCCGAGAACUGCGGCUAUUACCAGAUGACCAAACAGCAUAGUUGUUAUGAGAACCAAUUCUGCGCCAAACAGAGGGCUUGCCAGGGAGAUAUUGUCGAGUGUCAAUACAUCGACUCGGACAUGUGGGUUUGUCAGGCUGAUCCUACUGUGUCCAAACGUCGCUAUGACUGGAUUGAAUAUGAAAAUGGAAGAGUCUUAGGCAACAAGGGUUCCUGCCAUAGAACGAGCAAGGUGGACAGCUGGUGGAGAUGGCUUUUCUGGCAUUGCUCAUACUGUUUCUGCAUGUGUGACGACCCUACAAACUCCGACAGAUACUUCAGUCUGAGGAACGUCUUGUCUGACACGGAUAACAACAAAGUCGUCACCGGGAUCAGAUUCGUCAAGAUGAACGGAGUCGUCCACAUGCAGAUCCAAGAGGGCUCGUUGGGUCGUUACGGACACAUCAACGGAACUUCAUGGCAGUCAGUCGACAACUUCAAGACCAAAGACACCAUUGAGGGCAAGGACUACAUGAAAAUGUCUUACUACAAAAGAGCCAUUGAUUUGGACGAUCUUUUGGCACCUCCGGAACACGUUAUUACAGGAGUGAAAUUCCGAAUGGUUGGUUCCCACUUGAAUUUGGAAAUUCGAGCUACCCCGUUUAACUUCACGUCAGGCCAACUUCUCGACCCAGGCAGGAAAGACCAAUGGCUGAGCAAUGACAAUACAGACGGAUCACCAGUUAAACCAAGGACUAAAGUGAGCCUAGACUCCGCAGACAAUCCGCUCCACUCGUUGUCGCCCUCCAGAAUAGACUCCAAGUCCGACCAGUACCUAUUGUUCACCCACUCGGACAUUGAUCUAGACGCUGCCCAGACCACCGUACCCUUCAUCGACUCUCAGAUGGUGUCGCCACAGCCCCCCGUCCCACUCUCAGGCAUCGGAGUCUACCACAAGGGAGUCAGGUGGUUCGGAGGAUUCAUCGGACUCAAAGUGUUCACCUACGACUUUGGCAACCACAUCGAAGACAGCUUUACCGACCUUAACGGAAUAGACACAGUGAACUAGCCGAUGUAUCAAAGUCUUAACUGUUGUAUCAAAUAGCCGUUAUCAAGUCAGAAAUAACCUUGAACCCUCACAAUCGAGGGUGUAAUAAAGAAUUUAUUAUUUUGUAAUAUGUUUUUUAAUUAGUAAGUUUUUAUAAAGUAAUUUUUUGUAAAA